CUUGUGCGUCACGUGAGAUGAUACACAUUGAAGAACAAAAGGCAAACUUCUACGAAGUCAAGGCAAAGCUCUAUUGGGAAAACGUUUGAUGGAAGACAAUGCCAAAUUCCACCAGCUGAAAUGAAAUAAGGACAAAGAUAAAAUGGCGAGGAGGAGGGUAAGCCCUCAGACUGUUGCAGAACUACAUGCAGUCAGUAGGACAGUCCAGACUGCCAUGUUGGAUGUUCAAUACAUAAACCCCACCAAAGGCAAGGGUGUAUUUGCCUUGUCACCUUUUCAGAAGGUAGACUUUGUUGUUGAAUACAGAGGACAAUUUAUCUACUUAAAGGAAUCAGAGAGGAGGAGGAGGAGGAUAUACAAUACACAAUGCUUAGUCUUCAUGUUCGACUUUAUGUGGCAUGGCAAGAAAUGGUGCAUUGAUGCUGCAAUGGAAGAUGGCUCAUUGGGAAGGCUGGUCAACAAUGAUCAUGUUCAUCCAAAUUGCAGAAUGAAAAGGGUAUUAGUUGGGGGAAAGCCACACCUCUGUUUGUUCGCUGCUAGAGACAUACACAGGGGAGAGGAGAUUACUUACGACUACGGAGACAGCAAUUGGCCAUGGAGAGAAAAGGGUGGUGGAGACUCUUCUGACAUAGCCGUGGAGAACCACAUUUUGCCAUGCAGCUCCAACCCAGUGGUACAACAGGAAGAGGUUUCACCCCUCAGCUUGCAGGGUGAUGGAGACUCUGACAUAGCCGUGGAGAACCACAUUUUGCCAUGCAGCUCCAACCGAGUGAUGCAACAGGAAGAGGUUUCACCCCUCAGCUUGCAGGGUGGCAGUGGAGACUCAUUUGUCAAGGAUUUAGAGACUAGCUCCUCUGUAUGCAGCUCCAGUGUGGUGUUGCAAGACAAAGAUUUUUGAAGAAGCCAAGUUCAGCUUGGUAAACUACUCAGACUCCAGCGAAUCAGCCAUCAGUUCCAGCGCUAUGAAUGAAGAUGUUCCCCCAUCCACCAUAAAGAGCAAAGAGAAGAUUCCUUUUGGGCUUGAUCUUUCUGACUCCAGUGUGAAACAUGGAGAUGAUGAACAAACGAUUGUACCAAGGCUUAGGAGAACCAAAAGCAUCUUUAUGAAAGAACAUUCCUGAUGGAUCUGAGGAGCUUUUUGACACUAGUCCUGAUAGUGGAGAAGAAUAUGUUCCAGCUUCAAGUGGGGAAAGUACCGAUGGUACAGAUGGAAGCAUGAUCUGUGAAAUAUCACCACCAUCCUUGUUGGAGGGGACUCUCAAUACUCCAUGUCAAAGCAGUAGCAAGAGCAGUGUAACAGAUGUCUGUGCUCCUGACUCCACAUGUUCUCCGAGCAAGGAAUGUGGAGAAAGUGCCUCAGUAUCCAUUCCUGCUGUCAGAAAGAAAGAAGAUGGAUCUCGGCUGUAUAACAAGAAAAGUUCUGUCUGUAUUGCGGGUCUUCUUUCCUAAAAAUCUCAAAGCAUUUGGAGCGUAAACACAAUUAAAGCCGCAAGCAGCCUCGACGGGCCCUCGCGCCAGCGGCCAAGGGGGGCGGGGGCAUGCGUCCCUGCGAAAUACCUUCCACAGCUUCUUCGGCAAGAGACAUAACCACAAGGUAGUGGUGUGAAGGAAAAGCAUUAUGGAAUUAUUUACCAAAAACCCAUGUUGGAGCAAUUGCGUCGGCCAAAAACAGCGCCCCCCAUGGACGAAAAUCCCCAAAAUGUGGUAUACAUGACAUGGGAGGUAGUAAGAGGGUGGUCGUGAAGUUUGACCAAAUUUGAGGAAAGAUUGGAUUUUUUGCCCAAAAAUAGCGCCCCCAGUGGCGAAAUAUCACAGAAAUUGGGUAACAUGUCAGAAGCCCAAUGAGUGAUUUGCGUGUGAAGUAUGAGCAGUUUUGAGCAAUUAGAAGAUUUAUGAAUUUUUAAGCAUGUAAAAUUUUGCAGUGAAAAUUGAUUGACGUAUAACUUCUGAACGGUUUAUGCUACGUGAAACGUAUUUAGAAACUUUUGUCAGCCAUGUCUGUAGAUCAUGUGUAUCAAUUUUGGUGACAUUCCUAUGAACGGUCUAGGAGGAGUUGCGCCGUGU